AUGUCCGAGGGUAAUGUCGCGUUCGAAUAUGAGGAGUAUACGGUUGGCUGGGUUUGCGCCAUUCCAUCAGAAAUGGCCGCUGCCAGAGGAAUGCUUGACAAGAUUCACCCAGACCUGUCUCAGCAGGACCCCGAUGACCAUAACAGCUAUAUCCUGGGUGAAAUCUGUGGCCACAAAAUUGUUAUUGCGUGCCUGCCAGCUGGCAUUUACGGAACCAUUACUGCAGCUACCGUCGCCAAGGAUCUACUACGAACUUUUAAGUCCAUCCGUUUCGGUUUGAUGGUUGGAAUCGGAGGUGGAGCCCCAUCGUCGCAGCAUGAUAUCCGAUUAGGUGAUGUGGUGAUAAGCCAGCCUUCAGGAACCCUUGGAGGAGUCGUACAAUAUGAUCGAGGCAAGAUCUUACCGCAAGGUGGAUUUCAACGCACGGGCUCCCAGAAUGCGCCUCCUCAACUUCUUCUAUCCGCCUUAGCUCGUCUUCAGGCAACUCACAUGACUGAAGAUAGUCGUGUCCCAGAGUAUCUGGCUCAGCUUGUCGCAAAGUCCCCUAAGAGAAUGAAGGGCAAAUUCAGCUACCCGGGUACAUUGAAUGAUCACCUUUACAAGGCAAGCUAUGAGCAUGCCAAUCCGGGAAGUGCAACCUGUGGCCAAUGCGAUGAAACCAACCGCGUUAAGAGAGAACUUCGGGAUGAUGAUGAGCCAUAUUUCCAUUACGGCAUAAUCGCUUCUGGAAACCACCUGAUCAAGGAUGGCAAGACGCGUAAAAGUCUAAGUCAAGCAUACGGAGCAUUGUGCUUUGAGAUGGAAGCUGCAGGGCUUUACAACUUCCCAUGUCUUGUCAUUCGAGGUAUCUGCGACUAUGCAGACUCUCAUAAGAACGAUGUUUGGCAAGAAUAUGCAGCUGCGACGGCGGCGGCAUUUGCUAAGGAGCUGCUACUAUUUGUAGCACCAGGUCAAGUCCUUCGGGAAAUGAAGAUCCUCUCGGAGCUUGUUUCUAAGAAUCGACCUAUGGACCUGUAUGUGGCUCACAGCGCACGAUAUGACAGCCAUGACGUUAAAGAGAGUCCAAGAUGCCAAGCUGGAACCCGAGUUCGUAUCCUGGAAUCAAUAGAACAAUGGGCAGCUCAGGCACUCGGUUCGCCCAUGUUCUGGCUUAUCGGCCCUGCGGGAACUGGUAAAUCUACCAUUGCUAGGAGCGUUACUGAUUCCUUUGCAAGGAAUAAUCGUUUUGCUGCUGGAUACUUCUUCAAACGAGGAGAACAGGACAGGAAUGAUACUAACCGACUAUUUUCCACGCUAGCGAUGCAAAUGACUGAUACUGUUUCCUUCUUCAAGGAGAGCCUUCGAGAAUCUCUCGACGAUCUGGAUAAGGAUGCAAUGGAGAAAACUAACCUCGAAACCCAAUUCCAAAAGCUCUUAUGGUGGCCUCUCGAAAAUCUGAAGGUCAGCGAGGCUGGCCAGUUGCCAAAGAUCAUCACAAUUGACGCUUUGGAUGAGUGUGAGAGGCCUGAAAAUCUAAUACGGGUUUUGGAGCUGUUAUCAAGGCUUUGCACUAUUCCCACGGUCCGAUUACGUGUCUUGAUUACCAGCAGGUCUGCACCCGAGAUUGUUGAAGCUUUCGAGUCUCACUUGCAGGACGGGACUGCUCAUACCUUUGAAAUCCAACGGGAGUUCCACGAGGAUACCAAGUUGGACAUUCAGAAGUUUCUGAAGUCAAGUUUUGCGGGUAUCAAGCACAAAAGAAGGGUACAAAAAGAGCCAUGGCCUACUAUCGGGGACCUGAAACGCCUUGUUCACCUCUCAACAACCCCGGAGCCUUUGUUCAUCUAUGCCGCAACCUUAUGUCGAUUCGUCUCAGAUAAGCAACAGGGUCCGAUUCGGCAACUGGCAAUCUGGUUGGAACAAGGGAGCCACUCGCAACUCCACCAGAUAUACACCCCUAUCCUUGAUCAAGCGUUUUUAGGCUUCGUGGAAAAGGAGUUUAGCCAAAAGCUGCGAUUUCUCGGUGCCAUCACAGUUGUUGCUAGGCCGCUCUCCACCAAAUCCCUUGCUCAGAUACUGGCUAUAGACUUGGACGAUGUGAGCUGGUGGGUUUCAAGGCUGUAUGCAGUGUUGCAUGUGCCACCUGUACUCGACAAACCCAUACAUGUGCUUCAUAAAUCCUUUGCCGAUUUCCUCGCCACGUCUGAUGAUUCCGACUCCAACAAGUAUCGGAUAGACGUAGCUGGUAUGCAUGCCGACCUAGCUGAGAGAUGCAUUCAGUAUAUGAAGGAGGGACUGAAGCAAGACAUAUGCAAACUUCAGAAACCAGGAGUGCUGAGAAAGGAGGUUGACAAAAGUAUAAUCGAUAGCGGUAUCCCUGAACAUCUAGAGACGGCUCCUGGAGUGUAG